AUGUCUCAUGGAUCAUCGACGAUAAAGGUUGGAUUCUUGGGAGGGGGAAAGAUGGCGAAGGCUAUUGCAGCGGCGAUUGUCCGUGCUGGUAUGUGCUCUGCUUCGGAUAUCAACAUGAGCUCGCGGACCGAAGAUUCUAUGAAGGCAAUAGCCGCUCUUGGAUACAAGGCGGGGACAAAUACGGAGGCAAGACUCUCCACGGGAUUCUGCAUGAACUCCUGCAACGAAGACGCAAAAGCGCUGUUACUCCGAGUCCUGAAGGCAUUUGGUCCCGUCCAUGCUAUCUCAGAGGACCUCUUCGACGCCUAUAGCGCAAUUAGUGGAUCAAGCCCUGCGUUCGUCUGCACAUUCAUUGAGGCGAUGAUUGAUGGUGGAGUUAAGUGUGGCCUGCCCCGGCAGUUGGCUACAGAAGCUGCCCUGCAAUCCGUUAGAGGCACAGCGAUUUUAGCACAGACCAGCGGGGUUCAUCCAGCGCUCAUUCGCGAUGAUAUUACCUCACCUGGUGGCACUACGAUUGCGGGGGUAUUGGCGAUGGAACGGAGGGCUCUUAGGGCAGCUGUUGCUGAAGGAGUGGAGGCUGCUUGUGAUCGUUCGAAGGAGAUACGCUCCUUACUUGAGGCGCGCUUAAACAAUUGGAACAGUGCAGUAGAUAUUCUAAACCAAUCCCGUGUUCCGCUUUAUGUGUCUCAUCGUAGGGAGACACCCGUUUCAGACUGCGCGUGCCUUCUACCCGCCUUACUCGGAGAUCCCGACAUUAUGGGACUGAAAUAG